AUGAUCAAAUGUAAACGGACUAAUCACAAGUAAAAAUUGCAUUAAAUGUAGACAGCUUAUGCAUUAAAAAUACCUUUGACUUAUUUCGUAUUGUAUCAUUUAGGAGUAAUUUAUGUUUGGGUUACUUUAAUUUGGCAUGCAUAUUUGGGAACUGGAGAUAAUUUAAGAAACUUACUUAUCAACAUCUGGCAAAAUCAUUACAAAGUCUCAUACCCCAUAAUUCUAUUUAAUGAAAUUUUUAGUUUUGUUAUUGCUCUAUACGGAACCUUUGAUACAAACCUAUAAAAAUACACCGCUACCCAAUUAUUAUAUUAUGCAUCAGCGUUUUUUGUCUGCAAUCAUGUCUAUUCCUUUUAUUCAAGAAACAUUGUCAGAAGAAACGAUGUAAAUUAGCUACCUAAUUGCGACAAAAGGUUAUUUUAAUCAUACGAAUAUCUCUUUUACUUUUAAACACUGAUCAUAUUCGUUUGCUUUUAUUAUUCUAUCAAAUUUGACAAUUUGCAAAAAGAGAUCAAACCUGUUAUAAAGUUUCUCAUCAACUAGUUAAUGUUCCAUGUAUUUGAGAUUACUAAGAUUUAUUUUGUAAUAAAUCUAUUUGUUUUGAUUCAAUUCCUCUAAGUUAUAAUAGAUGGUAUCUAGUUAGUUAUUGAUUAUCAAUAAAUUUCAUACUUAAUUGCUUGCUUAACACGUUCCUCUAUAACCUUCAUAUAUUAGUAAAAUAUACAUAUUAUCGAGGGCCAAUAUUAUUUAUAACUAAGGAAUUGUAGAGAUGGAAGGUUCUUUAAUGAUAAUCCUCAGGUUUAAGUGACUAAUUUGAGAGAGGAAGAUUUAGAGAAACUAGAAGUUAAAUCCUUUAAUUCCCAAUUAGAAGUACAACAAAAAAGAAACCAAGCUGUGGAUUUAGCCCAAUUAGAAGAAUAAAAUAAUAAUACCAUACAAUGUCCCAUUUGCGGUGAUGAUAUACAAAAAAAAUAGAAAAUUAUAUUACUAGAAUGUUAACACAUAUUUCAUUCAGAUUGUUUAAUCAGAUGGCUUAAAAUUAAAAAUUCUUGCCCUUACUGUAGGAGAUCAGCAGUAAAAUGUUAAUAAUGA